UAUACACAGCCCAUCAUAUGUGCGAUUCACUGAACGUUCUACCCUAUCAUUCGGCCGUCCAUCGUCCGCCUGUCGACAGUUGUUAGGCAGCCUAUAUAGGAUUCCAUCAAAAUAAAGCGUACAUUAUCUGCCCCCACACUACGUUUAUCGACAGUCAUCUUCUACGCACGGCCAGAAGUCUUCAUAUGAUCAACAAUACUGCUGGCUAUAUCCUAUUGUUGGCACUCACGAUCGUGCUAUAUGAUGUUGUGACCCAUCUAGAUGAGGAGAUCGACUAUAUCGUGAGGUCAAGGUUCACUUCCGUCAAGACUAUAUUUAUCUUGUGUCGCUACCUUCCUUUCAUUAUCGGGGCUCUACGAAUGUAUGAAGUCGUCGGGGAAGAUUAUAUCGACGCCAAUUUGUGCUUGGUGUUAUGUCGCUCAAGCACCUGGAUCUCUUUUCUGCAGAUGGCUUGUGUCGAAUUUAUUUUCAUUUUGCGAACCUAUGCUCUGUGGGGCUGCAGUAAACGAGUCCUUUUCUAUCUUCUAGCUGCGUAUCUGACUACGUGUGUCAUAGGUAUCAGCUCCCUCCAAAUAUACACUGGGGCUCUUCCUGCCGAUGCAUGUUAUGGACCAGCUAACCCAGGCGCAUCAUGGCUCCUUACGAGCUUUGCGGCGUUGAUUAGUCUGGAAAUAGGAUUGUUCGGGAUGAGCAUGUAUCGGGUUCUAAGCCAAUACCGCGCCGCUUCAGGACAGCUACUCAAAUCGUUAGUGCGGAACAAUAUCGUGUAUUUCGGAGCCAGCGUGGCUCUGAACAUCCUUAAUAUUGUUGGGAUCUUGCUUAUUCCGAUUGCGACAUGGCCUACUGGUAUCAUGGAAAUCGCACAGAUUCUCUUCCAGGGGUUGCUUGCAACACGCAUGCAACUUGAUCUUUGGAAAGCUGACAGCCGUGAAGUGGAAUCGACUAUGGUCACGAUGUCAAUGACAGAAUUUGCAGUGGCGAGAUCUGAAUCCACCGUCUAUCAAAAUUCCCAUCUGGCAACACCCAACUGCUAAAGUAACCAGACUCUCAUUAGCUGACUUCACGCACGAUUGCCAUACGGUAUUACCACAGGCCUACAUGUUACGUUUUCCCACCCUUAACAAUACCUACUUUGUGUGAUCCAACAGCGAUUAACAUAAUCAACAACUUACCCCGGGCCACUGUUGUCCCUUGUCAUGCUUGU